AUGAAGGAUGUCAAGCCUUAUCCAGUUGAUCCAUCUUAUUCUGACCCACCAGUUGUUGAAACAGACUAUUCAACAUGGGGAAUAGUCAAAGCUGUUCAGUACGGAAUUACAAAACGAGUCAUUGAGUUGGUGGAACCAUCAGAUCCACAACUAGCGGGUUAUGAUGUCAACCAACUGGAUGAUGAGGAUGUCUCGCUGCUACACUGGGCCGCCAUAAACAACCGUUUAGCGAUUGCUCGUUAUCUUCUAUCGAAAGGUGCAAUAAUAGAUAGACCAGGUGGUCAUCUUGCUGCAACCCCACUUCACUGGGCUAUUAGGCAAUCACACUUAAGUAUGGUACACUUCCUUAUGCAAAGGGGCGCUGAUCCAACGUUUAUGGAUAAUACUGGUCUAGGAUGUUUUCAUGUUGCAAUACAAAUGGGAAAUGUCCCAAUUAUCGUUUAUUUGCUUUCUCAUGGGGUCAAUGUUGAUACUCGAGAUGGUAAUGGGCUCACUCCAUUAAUGAUAGCUUGUAUGCAUGUACGAUCAGUUGAUAUUUUUCGUUUGUUAAUCUCAUAUGGUGCAAAUUUGCGAUUAACUGAUUCACAUGGCAACACUGCAGCACAUUAUUCUGUUCAGUUCGCUAAUUUCCAAGCUGUCGUACAAUUAGAUAAGGGUGAUAUUGACUGGAAUGCAUUGAAUGAUGAAAACAAAACACCGUAUGAGGUUCGUGUAGUUCCAUGGUUAACAGAUCGUGUCAAACAAAUGGCAAAUGUACAAAGUAUAAUGAAUUCGUCGCACCGUUUCUCGCGUUUAGGCUUAUCAAUGCUACAUUAUUCACCUGUAUGGCGUCAACGAAUAACAAUUAUGCUUCCACCAUUAAUUCUUAUUACUUGCGGUCUACUUAUAAAUUGGGAUAUACCAUCUACAUUAUAUCAUUUAAAUUUUGCCGAUCAAUCGUCAAAGAUUUCAUCAUGGAUAAUAUAUUCCACCAAAUUUCUUUUAUUACUGUUAUUAUCAUUUACAGCACGUUUUAUUAUUGAUCGAUUCUCAGAUCAUAAGUCACAGGCUGUAAUGUUGUUCAGUUUAGCAACAAGUACAAAAUUGUUAUUAACUACAACAUAUUUAUUUCACAUCACAUUACGUACACCGAAUCAUUGGGUGUUGCAUUUCUGGUUUCUAUUCUUUAUUACUAUGCUAUGGACAACAUUUAUUCUAUGCUGUACAAAAAAUCCUGGCUACGUAGAUGAAAUUAUUAAAAAAGAAUGUCAACAAGAUACUAUUGCUCAAUUACUUGAUGAAGUGUUGAAUAAUACAAAUGAUUUAACAUUAGCAAAUAACAAUCAAGAAGAAUCUUCGUCAUCAACAUUAUCAAUCAAUCCAUUACAACGUUUCUGUACAACUUGUUUUAUACGUAAACCGUUAAGAUCAAAGCAUUGUUCAACAUGUGAUCGAUGUGUAGCACGAUUCGACCAUCAUUGUCCAUGGAUAUAUAAUUGUGUUGGAAUGAAGAAUCAUUUUUAUUUUAUUAUAUAUUUAUUAUCGACCAGUGUUUCAUGCAACCUAUUUAUGUUGGGUACUAUUGUUUAUUGGCAAAAUGAAUUCAGUUGUCUACCGAAUACACCACUAACAUCUGGGAAAACUGAUCUAUUUACAAUCAUUUGGUCAUAUCUAUUAUGCAAUCCAUGGAUUACAUUCUGUUUUAUAAAUGCUGCUUUUUAUUCAUUUUGGACAACAUUAUUAUUUGGUUCACAAUUUUAUCAAAUGGUAUGGUUAAAUGCAACAACAAAUGAACGUAUCAAUAUGGAUAGAUAUGUUGAAUUUAAUACCAAUAAUAACAAUCAUAUUAAUAAUAAUAAUAAUAAUAAUAACAAUCAUAUUAAUAAUAAUAAUAAUAAUAAUAAUAUGUCUUUAUCUAAUGAAAAGUUUCAUAAUUCUACAAAUUACAAUCGUCCAUAUGAUCAUGGUAUAUGGCGUAAUCUACUUGAUUUAAUUGGUUUACCUGGUUUUAUUAUCAAUUCAAAUAAAUCUGUUGAUUGGCGGCAAAUCUAUCAAAUUGAACAAUUAAAUAAUCAAUAUCCAAUAUAUACUACUGCUACUACUACUACUACUAAUAAUAAUAAUGAUGUAGAUAAGAAAUUAUUAGAUUGGUCAAUAUAG